UACACGAACGUUUCUUGGCUUUUGAAACUUAGACUGCAGGUGAGCUUGCGUUUCAUCAGCACGUUCACAUACAACUUCACACCCGCCCGCGCCCGCCGUUGCGCGGGACUGUUGCUGGCACAGCUUCUGCCGCGUUAACUCCUAGAUAAAAUGCAUCUUCGCUUUACUGCGUUUCAUAAAAAUACACAGCGCACCGCUCGCGAUGUCCAUUCGCUUUGUUUCAGCGCAGCAGCAGCACAGAGUCAGCCAACAGCAGCAUCCUGUUGUAUACGCUGUUCUAAGCUUGAUAAGCUCGACGCCGCUGCUGUCCGUGUUUUGUGCAGUGGGUGUGACCGAGAGGAGCGAAGAGACGUGUCGCCUCUAUCAGCAGACGAGCGCAAUCAAGCAACCAUGCGCCUCGUCAAUUAUGGGAAAGCCAGCAGUAAAAUCCCUUCAUCGGAAGUAAGGUGCCCCGUGGCAUUCGCUGCUGGACUCCUGCUGGGCUUGAUCCUGGCGGCCGGCGCGCUGCUAAUGGGCCGCCACCUUCCACCCCUUGCGCCUGAUGCCGACGACAUCUACGUGAGCCUCGGCGCCUACCGGGACAAGGAGUGCGCACAAACGCUGGUCAACCUAUUCCGACAGACGGCGGCGGCAGCAGCUCCCGAGGCUGCAGUGGCAGGUGCAGUGGAGGCGGAACCCGAUCUUGACGAGAUCCCGCCCACACAGCUGACGCCGCCGCAGCCAGGCGUCAACCCCGUCGAGCUUGCGUGCGCUCGCGCAGUCGCGGACUUCUGGUCGCGGCUGAUGCAGUUCGCGCAGCUCGGCGUGCCCCAAAAUGGGCUGCGAUGGUGUUGACGCCACUCACCCCAUCCUGGCGGUGGUGAACGGUGAAAUGCUGUGCGCGUUGCCGCAAGCUAUGGAGCUGGAGGCUUGAAAGGGAUCAGCCCUUAGGAGAAGCGCGUGAGCACUAACAUGAGCCACUGAAGCAGUGGCAUACGAGAGGGUCAGCGGGGGAGCUUAGCGGGCGGGCGAAGGUUUUUUUUGUGUUACGCCCGUGGGAGCAGGGCCAGGUUUUGCGGGGUUUUUGCCUGUGAGGGUGUUUUGGGUGCUGCAGCACCCCGGGCCUUACGGCCUGGACCGGCCUAGUGGCCAGACGCGUUUGUGGCUGCCCUUAGGCAUAGUCUGCCCUGGCGUCGAGAGCUGGUUAGGUUGCGGUUGAGGUCGUGCAGGCUGCGGGGUCGCAGGACUCAGCCCCACAGCCACUGUGGUCGUGCUAUCGCGUGCUGUCGCGUGCUGCGUGCUGCGUGUUUUGUUAUGUUUGCUGUUUUUUUGUUUGCUGCCCGCCUGGUCUUAAGAGGUAGCUCGCCCGCUGGGUCUGAGGUUGUUACACCGGUAGUAAUUCCGCAAGGGUUACUGGCGCGGUGAAGGGUCGGAGUGCGUUACCCUGUGGACUCCAGAGCUGUUUGCGCUCUGCCGGGGAAACGCCAGGUCACGGCAGCCCUCGAUUGAGAGCCCUGUCGUUGGUUAUACCAGAUACACGAUUCACGUGAUCUGGCAGAAUAACCGUGGAAACC